AUGCAGUUUACACCAUCGCUUUCUAAAAGUUGCGCAAGAUUUCCUACAAAAAGAAAUUUGGCUAGAAAUGAUCGAAUACAGUUUAAGGAAUUUCUUCCGUUGAAAUCUACAAAUUUUAUUAUGAAUAAUUUCACGAAACCACGAGGUGAGACAUGUACAAAAGAGCUGCAAGCUCUUUUUGAAUGUUUGAAAAAGUGGGAAUAUGACAAUUUACCUUGCGAAGAUUUUAAUCGAGCUUAUAUUAGUUGUGUGGACAGAACUCGUCAAACCAAUAAGGAAAUUUUUGCAUCUGCAAAAAAGGGUCUUCUUGAUAGUAAUGCAGAUGAUAAGACGCCACUCACAAAAGAUCAGAUUAACUAUUUGAUGGCGAAGUAUCCACAGCCUCAGCUUGGUCAAUAUCCCUAUAAAGCUCUCAAAAGAUUGCCAAAUCAGUCAUACGCAGAUGACAUUUUUCACCGAAAGAAUAAAUACAAGAAAGCUAAUUAG